AUAAUGAGAAAUUAAAUUUCUUUAAAGAAGAAAACUUAAAGAAAAAUAUUCAUUGAAUUCUUGAUCAAAUGAAUCAAUAAUGAAUACAAUUAAUCAAACCGAGUUACAAAUGGUUGAUACAAGCAAUUUACAAAAUCCUUGUGAAAUUAAUCAUGAAUUAACAAAACCAUUGGUCUUGUUUCUUAAUUCAAGAAAAGAAGUACUUUCUUCAGCUCCAACAUCACCAAAUAGCAGUGAUAAUGAAACACCUGGUCCUAUAUCUUCAAUGAAAUUUCAAUAUAGAAAAGAUUCAAGAAAAUGUUUUCGUAAAAUAACAUCACAAACAAAUUGGCGUAAACGUCAAGGUAUGAUAUUUCGUUGUGGUCCAUUCUUUAGUCGUACACAUAAUGGACUUGUUAAUUCACCAUAUCAAUCAGAUGUUAGUCAAUCAGCACCAAGUAGUCCUACAAUUGAUACAUAUGAAACAUUACCACUUAUUCCUAAUGCAUCAACAAUAGAUCAAGUUACAGAACAAAUUAGUUCAAAACCAUUCAAUAUUACAGUACAUUCAAAUUCACUUCAUACUGAAUUUAAAAAUGAUGAGCACAAAAAUUUAGGAUCAUCUUGCUUUACUACUAAUAAAGUGAAAUACUCUGAAUCAACAUUACUAUGUUUAAUGCAACGUCUUGGGAUACAGUCCGUUUGGCCUUGUCUACUGGAACAUGGAGUUGUAGAUGUGGAUCGAUUAAGCAAAUUGACUAGAAAUGAAUUAAUUGAAAUGGGUGUUACAGAUGCUGAGACGAGAGCUACAUUAAUGACAGCUGCUCAGCUUCUUACAGAUUCAUGGUUAAAUCCUUCAUUAUUCCAUAGAACGUUGAAUAGAUCAUUUGGAAAAAAUUCAAAAGAUUUAUACGAUACUCAAAAUAUUCAUGAUUCCGGUAUCUCAAGUGGAACAGAUAUUACUAGUUCAUGUUUAACAUAUAAACCACAAUAUACAAAUUUUUGUAAUAAUACUAAUAGUAAUAAUAAUAAUGAAUCAACAAGUCAUCUUGAAGGAAUUACAUCUGGUAAAUCCGAACGAAUGGAACAAUAUCAAUCACGAUGGGGUUAUGGUCAACAAAUGCCUACUGAACAUAAUGGUUCUGUUAAAAUGACCUCAUAUGAAGAAAUCAACUUAAAUAUGCCAAUCAGACAAAACGUUGGAUCUUAUCAAACAAUAAACUCUGAUAAGAACUCAUUUCAAAAUGUUUCCAGAGUAUUUGGUGAAAUGCAAUGUCAGUCACAAAAACAUCCAGUAAGUAUUCUACGAAAUAGUCGACUAUCAAAAGAUAAUCAACCUGAUAUUGAUAAUGUAAAACGAUCAUCAUCAACUACACCAAAAACUGUAAAAAUUGAUGAACGAUUUCUUUUAUCAUCAAAACAUCAACAUCAACAACAACAACAACAACAACAAAAAGAAAUUAAUCAAUUGAAUACAUCUAUACAACCAUUACAAACUUCUACUCUAUCAACAACUGUCAAUUAUUUUGUACAGUAUCCUCAAAAUAAUCAACAACAUAUCUCUAAUACAAUACAAACAAUAAAUGAUAAUACAAAGAAUGUAUACAUUCAACAUAUUUAUUUAGCUAGGCAUAUAUUAAGAAAGAAAUUAAAUGCUGAACAUAUUGAUCUUACUCAACCACCAUAUUCUGAUGAGAUUGGUCGAGCAAAUAUUCCUUUACGUUUAAUUCAACGUUAUUCAUUUGAAACAAAUUUAGAUCUUCUUACUGUUGCAAUGGCAUUAGAAGCUGAAAGGGAUACUAAUUUGAGAGAGAUACGAAGACCUGUAAUCUCAUUCAAUGAAGAGAUUCGAUCACAACGUUUUCUUAAUUGUGAUGGUAUAAAAACAGGCAGUUUACAAGAAUUUUUAAUAACCAUCGGUUUACCUAUGUAUAUAGAUCAUAUAUUACAUUAUAAUAGUAUAACUACAAAUAGUAAUACUACUAAUAAUAGUAAUAAUAAUCAUAGGUGUUUACUAAUGACACCGGCAGAUUUACUUAAUAUGUCCAAUGGUCAAUUACAAGAGAAAUUUAAUUUUCUACCUAUUCAUAUACAAUGGCUUCGUCAAGAAGCAUCAGUUAUUCCAUGGAUAUUAUUAAAUCAAACAAAUUCAACAAAAUAUUCUACAAUGAAUUAUACAACAAAUAAUAUAUAUAGUUUACCACGUACAUCAAUAACAAAUCAUUGUUGUCGAAGAAGUUCAUCUCAAUUAAGAAAAUUACAACAACCUUCAUUACAACCUCCAUCACAACCACCACCACAACCGCCACCACCACCGCCAACAUCACAACAACAACAACAACUGAAGCGUCCAACAACAUCAACUCAAUCAUUCAUUAAUCAUUGUCAACAUCAUCAAUUACAAGAUUAUCAUGAAGGACAUGAACAAACCGAUGAUAAUUUCAUUAAUUUAGAACAUCUUGUUGAUAAAGUUUAGAUUAAAUUCAUAUAAAUAUACUUUGGUAUUUUUCUUUAAUUGAUUUAAUUCAAGAAGAAAAUUAAUAUGAGACAUUUGUAUUUAGUUAAAUGAUGUUUUGGUUUGGUUUGUUAUUUAUUAUUAUUAAUUAAAGACUGGAAUCUAUCACCAUUAUUUAGUAUUGUGUAAGCAUCACUUUCUUACUGAAUUCAUUCCAGUGAUGAGUAAAUACUUAAAAUAAAGCAUCUUUUUUUUU